AGUACUCUUCUCCUCUCUCUCUCUCUCUCUCUCUCUACUGUGAUCAGACAGAUUGAAUAAAUCAACCAAAACCCUCGUAAUUUCCAUCAAACUCUGGCAAUUUUACAACUAACCAAAGUAUACUAAUCUGUUUAGCAUCACAGAUAGAUACCUUCCAAACAGACAGAAUCAAUUGGUAUGUAAUUUAUUUUUUUUUCUUUUAAUCAAAUCUGUUUUUGUUUUGUAAUUGCCAUCAAUCAUGAAUUAUCCAAGUAGGAGGAAUUUGUAAACCUUGUUUGAUCCUUUUAAUUCUGAAGGUAUUUUAUUGGAUCAAAUAUAUAUAGGUUUGACCCUAAAGGAUCUGGUAUUGGUUUUUUGAUAAUUCCACUCAUGAUAAUUGAGAAGGUAUAAAUUUGGGAAAAUUUUGGGGGAUUUGUAUGAGAUGAGAUGAAUCCGGUAAUACGGAGUAGACCAGACGAAGAAGAGGUUGAAAGAAUGACAAAUUCUAUAGUGAUAGAUACUUCAUUUAGACUUGUGAAAGUUGUUUCAUAUCUGGUUAUAUUUGUGGCUGGAGCUAUUCUAGGUUUAACAGCAAGUUCACAUGUUAACCGGUACAUUACGGCUCAAACUGAUUUGUUUUAUGCAAGAGGAUCAGCACCAGCAUUUAGUCCUAAAGAAUUUUGUUUAAAUUGUUCAAUAGAGAGUGCUUCGAAACCAGAUACUUUAACUCAUACAAUGACUGAUGAAGAAUUGUUUUGGAGAGCUUCGAUGGUUCCACAAAAAGGAGGUUAUCCUUAUAAAAGAACACCUAAAGUGGCUUUUAUGUUUUUAACUCGCGGGCCUUUGCCACUUUCGCCGUUGUGGGAAAGGUUUUUUCAAGGUCACGAAGAGUUGUUUUCGAUUUAUAUUCAUACAGUUCCAGGUUACAAGCUUAAUGUAUCUGAGACGUCUGUUUUCUAUGGGCGCCAGAUUCCUAGUAAGGAUGUUCAAUGGGGAGGAAUAACACUAGCAGACGCAGAGAGACGUCUUUUAGCCAACGCUUUGCUUGAUUUUGCAAACGAGCGGUUUGUUCUUCUUUCAGAAAGUUGCAUUCCAGUGUACGACUUCGGUACUGUAUACAAAUACCUCGUUGAUUCUGCCCAUAGCUUUGUUGAUUCCUACGAUGAUCCAAGCCGUUAUGGGCGUGGGCGCUACAGCAGAAACAUGUAUCCAGAAAUCAAACUUCACCAAUGGCGGAAAGGAUCCCAGUGGUUUGAAAUGAACAGGUUCCUGGCUGUUUAUAUAAUCUCUGAUACAAAAUACUACUCCAUCUUUAGUAAGCACUGCCAUCCGUCUUGCUAUCCUGAUGAACAUUACGUGCCUACUUACCUGAAUAUGUUUUUUCAAACUGCAAACUCAAACCGAAGCGUAACUUGGGUAGAUUGGUCAAGAGGAGGCCCGCACCCAGCAACUUAUGGUGGGUCUGAUAUUACAGAAGGAUUCAUACAGUCUAUAAGGAAUAAUGGUACCAUUUGUUUGUAUAAUUCAGAGAAGACAUCCCUUUGUUACCUGUUUGCGAGAAAGUUUGCGCCAAGUGCAUUGGAGCCUCUACUGAAUCUUACUUCAACAGUAACGAGAUUUUGAAAAUUCUUUCCAUCUCUAGAAGAUUUUAAUGAUUUUCGUGUUUUGUUCGAUUCGUCUGAUUUGCACCUGCUUUUCUCCUUUUGUUAUAGUUGAGGGUGUCUAGGAAUCUUAGAACAGAGUCUUCUCUUUUCUUUCUUUUUCAUUUCUUUUUAAAAUUAGAUUCAAUGUUAGUCACCCUGCACUCUCCUGCAGAGUUCUUAUAGGAUAGAAAACACCCACAGAGAAUUUUGCCUUGAAAAGACAUCCAAAAUGAUUUCCUAGCUAGUUGGUCUCAUCAGCUAAAGAAAAAGCAGUGUAUCACUUUUUUUCUUUUUUUUUCCCCUCAUCCAACCUGUAUAUGCAUUCAGUAGUUUGACUUGCUGUGAAUUUUGAGGGUAUUUAAAGUCCUGAAAUUUGGCAUCCCAUUUUCUGCUGCAUCUUUCAUCCUCAAUCUGGUACCGGGUGCACCCAAGUCACCGCUGUCUUCUUACGGAUAGCAAAAUGGUCCAAGUCAAGGACAUAACCAUUGAUGGUCCAAGCUCAUCAUUUGGCAAAUUGAAAGCCAUGGUUUGAGGACCCUUGAAAAAGAAUCAGAAAGUACAAAAAACAACUCAUAGGGGCGGCAAGUUCUGGUAGAAGGGCGGCAAGUGUGAUAGCAAUGUCCCUCUAAUUGGUUAGGGGAUGUCCUAUAGGUAUAAAUUGACUAGAUUACCCUUUUUGCUUUAAAUGGACUAAUUUGUCCCUCUUUUUAAAUUGAAAAGAUUGAUUUGUCCUCUAUCAUAUUUAAACCUAACUAGAAGAGAAAUCAAAAUCAGUUUUUUUA